AUCUCAGUGACAUUGAGGUGUAAGAUGACACCUGUCGCCACACAUCCAGUUUAGAGCUGUUCUGUCAUUCGCCUGUAGCCUUUUUUCUGUCCAUCUGUUCCUACAAGACCACGAGGAUGGAGGAUCUGGCUGUUAUGAAGUUGUUGGAGUGUCCUUUGUGUAUGGAGCCGUUGGACGUGUCUGCAAAGGUCUUGCCAUGCCAGCACACGUUCUGUAAAUCAUGCCUUCAGCAGCAGGAGACAUCACACCCUCAUCAGUUGUGCUGCCCAGAGUGCAGAGCUGCUGUUCCAGGAUCAGUGGAGGAGCUUCCCACUAACCCGUUGCUGCUAAGACUCUUAGAGAGCCUCCACGAAUGGGGUCCAUUGAGCACAACGAGGGACAGAGCCGUCCGAUAUGUGAGCUCUCCGGCUCAGGAGGACCAUUUCAGCAGUUACAUUCAAGAUCUGCCCAAACAGGAGCAGAACACCCAGGGGGUUCAAGCCCAAGCGUUAUAUGACUUCCAGGGUAAUGCACCAGGGGAGAUCACAAUGAAGUCAGGUGACAUCAUUUAUCUGCGGUGGAGAGUAGAUGAUAACUGGUAUUAUGGAGAAGGCAAAGAGAGCAGCGGUUUGGUUCCAGUCAAUGUGUUGCGGGUCAUGAGUGAGCAGCCUCAGCCUCUGGCCCUCUGCAGAGCUCUUUAUGACUUCAAUGCUAAUAAUCUGGACCGAGAGAACAGCAAGGAAUGCUUAACCUUCUUCAAGGGAGACAGCAUUACUCUCCUUAAACAAGUCAAUGAAAAUUGGGUGGAAGGUAAACUCAGAGACAAAGUUGGGAUUUUUCCUUUGCAACUCACAGAGCCAAAUCCGGCGGCGUACGAGCUUCUGGAAAAGCGUAAAAGGAGGGACUCGGUGGAAGCGCAGCCAAGGAGCGGCGUUAGGGUCAACGCAGAUGCUUGCAUCCACAGGCGGCUCACUGGUCCAUCUCGGAAGUCAUCCAGGCCUUCAAAUGUCAGUCUCUUGAACAGCCUGAACUAUCCUCCCCUCAGCCUGAGCCAGCAGCCUCCUCACAUCAGCUCCAGCGCACAGCCGUCCUACAGCAAGACGCCUCAACUCGCCACAUUUAACAAACCACGUCUGAGGAGCUCUCGCAGAAACUUGCCUAAGAGAGACAGAACAAUGAACGGAGAAAGUCCGCCGAGCAUCACUAUGGCACUGAUUAACCCUCAGGCCUCACCAAUGCCCUCAGAGAGCAAGAUGUCUGCGACUCAGCAGCUCUCCAUCAGUGUGUGUGCGACACUGUAUUCCUACACACCUCAUCGCUCUGAAGAGCUGGAACUGAGUAAAGGUGAAAUGGUGGGGGUUUAUGGGAAAUUCAAAGAGGGCUGGCUGCGCGGACUGUCUCUCAGAACUGGCAAAGUAGGAAUCCUGCCUGCCAACUAUGUAACACCUGUGCUCAGAACAUCAGCAAGGUUUCUCGAACAAAGCAAACUUGCCAUUCCUAAUGCAACUGCAGUGUCAACAAAGCGCCACGCCUCACACAAGCCGCAGGCUGUUGUUCUGGCCCUCGACAGGGUAAACACUGACAGCCCUUCAGCUACAGUGCCUGUGACGUCAUCUGCCGGUCCAGGAAGAGCAGCACAGCUGGGCGGAAAGCAGGGCUGGAGCUCAGUGAGACGCUCCUUUCAUGCCACACACAGGGGGUUGCCUCACCAUGGAGGCUACAACUCAAACUCCAUCCUAAGCCUGCAGCCUCCACCUCAGGAUUUGGGGCAGAUCUAUACUUUGGGUCGCUCACCUGUUCUUCCCAAAAAGAGAAAUGGUUUGUUCUCCAACCCUAUGAAGAUGCAGCAUUGGGCUUAUGAAACAACAUCUCCCUCUGCUGGUGCAUAUCAACCGGUCAUCAACCCUGGCCAGAAGGAGACCACCACAACUCGUCAGUCCAUUCUGGUUAAACCAGAUUCUUACAAGAACAGUGCAGAGAAGCCAGUAAAGUCAGUCCGGUUCCUGGCUCACGACACUCCUCAGACAGCAUCAAAAAUGCCGACCACUUCCCCUGCAGGAUUUAGCUCUAGUUCUCAGCCUGGCCUUUCAACGCUGGACCACUGGAAUCCCUCGGCCAUUCUGGGUCGAGAUGGACAUAAAUUAGUACUUAAAGACACAAAACUUCCAGCCAGAAAGAGCACAGGCCAAGAUCACGCUGCUAUGGACCCCCUCACGCUCAAUAUGAAGCCAGUACUGAUCAACAACCAAACCGGCUCCAGUAGAUGUAGGGUAAUGAAGGGCUACAACGCCAAAACUGACGCAGAGCUCACGCUGACAGAAGGAGAAAUGGUCCUGGUUCAGAGGCCUCGAGCAGAUGGAAGAGUUCUGGUGACGCAGGAGAUCAGUGGAAAAACAGGCCUCUUCCAAAGCAGCGUUCUGGAACUGCUAGACAAAGUCCUUUGAGUGCCACAGUUUCUGCUGUUGUGUGCUUGCCCUUUGACCAGUGCUGUGUUUAGGGUCACACCCUCUUAACCUCUUGUGUAAUAACCCAAAAGCAAUAACUUGUAGGGUAUGACAGGUCAUACACACCCACCCACACAAAAACUUGUCAUUUUUUCCUUCAUCAUCGGUCGAUUCAAACAGAUAAAUGUGCCUUUAUGUUGUGUCACUGUUUGCACUUUUGGAUAGAGUGAGAGGUGGGGAAAGCUUUGGGAAAUUAUGAAUAGCUAUGACUGUUGGGUAAACGGAUGAUGAAUGACGACUUAAGGCCUGUUCAUACCAAGAACCAAAACUGUGAAGAUGAUAUAUUAAUAUAUUUGCUUCCACAUCAAUAUCAUAUACAAUAUUGUUCCAUUUAUUCAAAAUGAGUGCUGUUUGAGGUCUUUAAAACAAGAUGGAUUCUGAUUGGUUGUUAAAAAAGUUACCCAAAACUGAAAAAUCUGCCAUCAUUUACUCACAAACCUGGAGUCCGUUCUUCGUACGUGGAUUACUCAAUUAGCUGGAUUUGAUUAUUGCCAAUUUGACAUGAUCCAGGAUGGUAAAGUCUAGAUCGGAUACACGGCUGGCCGGAAGUGCUAUCAAUAUGCAGUAGCAGCAUUUUUUACGACACUGUAUAACAAUAAUUAAUAUUUUUUUAGUACUGUGACAGUUGGGUUUAGCGUUGGGGUAGGCAUUAAAAAAUACAAUUUAUUGGGUAAUUAAUGUAAUAAACAAUAUAAAUAGUUCUCGUUAACUUCUGGCUGCAACCGUAUCUGAUCUAGCAACAACCGUCCAGGAUCCUUCCCUUCUUCAAAACUAAUCCGAGAGUUGUCAUAGCAACAGGUCUGGUAGCUCAAACCUGCUUGGUAGAAGGCUUAUUUCAUUCAAACAAGAUUAGAUCGGGUGUUUUCAAGCAAAGGUAAUACUGAAAGUAUGUACAGAAUGCUGAUAUUUUCUUACAGUAGUAGUCAUAUACACUUUGAAAAAUGGUAAAUAGUUAAAAAAAUUAUAUAUACAGCUGAAGUCAGAAUUAUUAGCCCCACUGAAUUAUUAGCCCCCGUGUUUAUUUUUUUCCCUAAUUUCUGUUUAACAGAGAGAAGAUUCUUUUCAACACAUUUCUAAUCAUAAUAGUUUUAAUAACUCAUCUCUAAUAACUGAUUUCUUUUAUUUUUGCCAUGAUGACAGUAAAUGAUAUUUGACUAGAUAUUUUUUAAGACACUUCUAUACAGCUUAAAGUGACAUUUAAAGGCUUAACUAGGUUAAUUAGGCUAACUGUGCAGGUUAGGGUAAUUAGGCAAGUUAUUAUAUAACGAUGGUUUGAUCUGUAGACUAUCGAGAAAAAUAACUUAAAGGGGCUAAUAAUUUUGACCUUAAAAUGGUUUUUAAAAAAUUAAAAACUGCUUUUAUUGUAGCCGAAAUAAAACAAAUAAGACUUUCUCCAGAAGAAAAAAUAUUAUCAGACAUGAUGUGAAAAUUUUCCUUGCUCUGUUAAACAUCAUUUGGGAAAUAUUUAAAAAAGAAAAAAAAUUUAAAGGGGGUUUAAUAAUUCUGAUUUCAACUGUAUAAGUUUAAAAAAUAUAUAAAUAAAACUUAAAUAAAAGUAGAGCCUACAAAGAUUGUCACCAAGGGGUUCAAAGAGAAAAUUUAUAAAUAUAGACUUUUUAGGAGUAAUAAUUUAGCUAAUAUGACGGUUAUUUGAUGAGAACUUGCAGAAACCUUUACCAAUAUCAAAUUGCUUUUUAAUGCAGAAUUAAGUUAAACAGCAGUUAUUCCUUAUGCCGAUUAAGACUAUUGAAUAGACCUAGGCUACUAUAAUAGAGAAAAUCCACUCUAAAUGUAAAACUAAAUAAAUUGCUAAAUACUCUUGACACAUGAAAGUAUAAAGCCUGCAGCCCACAAGUUAUUGCGUAUGAUAUUUAACAAACAGUUUACUAAGAGUUUUAUGUAAAUUUGCUCACAUGGAUAAUUGAAUAUUAAUCAGAUGAUGUCAUUACGCAGCCGUGCCGUCAGCCAGUUGUUGCAUUGCUGAUCAUGAUUUCAAAGAUCAAUAGAUCUGUCACAUAGCAAUCUCAGAUCAGUUCGUCCAAACAUUUUAAUCUGAUUCACGAACUUGUUUGAAGAACCAAAUUAGCCAGAGAUCAGUUAUCAAGAUUAAAAGAUCCAGGAUCUGCAAAAUCAUCUUAGAUCAUUAAAGCAAGGUUAGAAAAACAGACCCUGGUUUUUGUUAUUGUUGUUGUUGAAACGUAAACAUUGACAUCCAUGGUAUUUGUUUUUCGUUUUAUUGGUGUCAAUAGUUACAGGUCUCAACUGAAAAAAGAAACUGUAAAGGUUUGGAACCCCUUAGUGGAGAGUAAAUGAGUAAGUGAAUUUUCAGUUUUGGUUGAACUACCCGUUUAAUGUUUUUCAGCAAUUGUUAACCCAAAUGGUACUUUAAACGCUUGUGGUCCUCAUCUGAGCCUGCAUUUUCAGAGCUUAAAGUUAAUGAGAAAUCAAAAUGUACAAUGUUUAUUUUGCUUGCGCACAUUGUUAUUGUUUAGGUGAACAAUUAAUCCAUGCAAGAUAAUCCACUGAAAAAAAAGUUUAGGUAAUCUUGAACCAAAGUCUGAGCAUUUGCUUCUGCAUUUGGAGUGGAAAUUCUUCUCAGUUGAUGUCAGUUUGACUGCUUCAGCCACAUUAUUUUAAACCACACCCCUCUAACCGCUAGUUUGCUAAGAGGGAAUGAUGUUUAAAAAGAAAUCCCUGCCCCUAUAGUCAAGUAGUAGUUCAUAUGUUCAAGCCACACCCCCUACUCAAGUUAGUUUAUAUGUGCAGUGGGAAGCACAGCCUUUCUAAGUACAAUUUUUUAAUAGGAUAAAAAUGUAUCCAUCCAGUGUUUGCAUAUUCUCUCGUUAAAAGUUACGAUCUAUACAAUAUGUAUUUUAAAAUAGAUCUGUGCAUAUCUAUAAUUCCUUAGCAUCUGUACUCUUAAUUUUUUUAACAUCUUGAAGUUUGUUAUGUUUUUUUCUUUUCUUUCAGACUAUAAAGCAACAUUCUGGCUCAGUGUUGACACCUUGUGGCCUGAAGGUGUUUCAAAUUUCAU